UGAAUUUGAAACAACUCCCUAUAUUUACUUUUUUUUAUUUUUCAGUAUUUUUGAAGAUAUUUUAUUAAAAUGAUUGACCUUUAUUUGACCUUUGUAACAAGAUGUAUAAAAAUAUGCCUUUGCCUGCUUACAAAAAGUUCAUUUAUGACAAGUGGUAUUGAUAGUUGACACAAGUUGUUGAUGAGGUUAUAUUCAAAUUAUUCAACAAGCUAUUCUGUUUCUGUCUGUAUUCUUUAUUGCGAUGGCGACUAGAACAGCUAAUUUCGAAAAAGCCGACUCUCGUAAUUUACCGCGAGUGAACAACGUCAUGAUUUUAGAGUUUAUGACCAACUCCAGCAACCACAAUAUUUCGGAGAUCAGAGGAGCGAAAGCUCUUAUGUUCUUUAUCCACUUGUCUCUUCGGGAACACCUGGUGACGAUGUUUCCUGAGGUAUCCUUUUCUUUGGACCACAAUACGCUCCGUGUCACGAGUCGGCUUCGCAAGCUUUUCAUCGACGCCGAGUACAUCAUAUAUAGAAAUACCUCCAAUAUAAUUUACGACGUGUUUAAGCCAUACGCUAACUCCCCUUUUAGCUAUGCACAUGUUGCGAAAAGAGGUUCAGCUACGAUUAUAGGUGCAGGGUGUAAUAUGAUCAGUCAAUCUAUAGUUCAGAUGGUUGGAGUAUCCCUGAGGGUUGGCAGCACAUCCGUUAGAAUCACCGGAUGCCAAUUUACUGUUGAGAUAUACAGCGACAAAUAUAAAACGCCUCCGGUCGUUGCUCCUUAUUUUUCGCCGCAACAAAGUAAGGAUUUGGAGAAGUUGAUCGCGAAUUCGCAACUGGAAGAAAUAGCGGCUCGGCUGCAGGGUACCCUGACUAGCAUCGUCAAUACUACGGGUUUGUUCGGAUUGAACAUGCCUAAAUACAGGGACCGCCAGGAGAAAAUGUUAACUGAAACAGCAAACUUUAUGACUAAAGUUGCAAGAAAAAUGAACAUGAUGACGCAGAGCCGCCUUGGCAAUAUGGACUUAGAAGACGUCGCUAUUGUUGUAGAUCCAGAAGUGACCCGGGAUCCGGAUGUCAACAGUUUCGUUGGCAAAGACGGUGUCGCUUUUACAGGCAUGAAGAUAAAUGGGUUGGAUAGUGUAUACUCUACCAGACGAGGAGGCCCGUGCAUGUUGAGUAGCAUGAAGGUCUUCGACGUGAUGCGAUAUAACCGUCUACAAGUUCGAGGGUUAUUGCAAAAUGUAGAACCAACUGCAGAAAGCCGCAGCCACGAAUUUUCUGUUGAUCUGUAUGAUGUCGGUGUAUUUGUAACGCUAAAUGUUGAGCCAGAAGGUUCACAACGGCGGGGUGGCAUGGCAAAGAGGGGUAAGAAGAAGGGCAAGAAAAAAAUAUCUAGAGACGACGAAGAGGAUGUUAGUUAUGAUUAUGACAUGGUUGCGCUUCAAGAGGAUGACGACGUUAACGCAGAAGAUGACAAUACAGAUGAUGACAACGUAAAAAAGUUGGCAAAUUUAGACACAGCUGAACCCAUAAAUAUGGAAGUAAAUUCUGUGCGUAGAUUUGGAUAUAGAGGUUGGAGGCAAUCGAGGACUUUCUUCACUGGCUUUACGAAUAUAGUGAAUUUCAAAUCAGUCUAUGACGAUUACACGAGUUUGCUAACGGCUGUUAUUCAUGAAAAAGUGCGAGAUGUUGUUAUGAAACAUUUCUUCAGUGUUUUCGAUGAUGCUGUUUCGGAUGUAAAGGAAGGUAAAGACGGCGGGUAUGUUAAGCUAUUCAACAAAAAUGAUAAAGACAAAAAUGAUGAACUUAUCAAUGAAGUUGGUACCGCUGAAAACAACGAGGAUGACGGAAAUGAUAAUGAUGAAAUGAAUACAGGAAAUGAUGGAAUAGAUACCACUUCCAACGAUCACAUACCUGGAAUUUAUUUACAAGGAAGAUCCAACCGCAAGAAGACACGUCAUUGACGACACAAUAAAUUGUAAUAUUGACAUUGAGUAAAUGUUAAUGCCUAACAGAA